AUGAUUUAUUCAAUUUUAAUAGAAUAUUGGUAUGUCACAAUAUUAUCACUUAUAAUUCUCAAAAUCAUAAUUCAAAAAUUAUAUUACAUCCAUGUUGCAAAUAAGCUAGGUGCAAAACCAGCAACAAAUCAAAAUUAUGAUGGAUCUUUGGGUUUCAGAUCUGGUUAUGAAUUAAUCAAAUCAAAGCCUAAAGGUACUCAUAUUGAAUUAUUAUCAAGUAAGUAUGAAAAUGUUAAAAUCCCUAGUGUUCACACCUAUACAGAAUUAAUUUUUGGUUUGGAAACUAUAUUUACAAAAGACCCAGAAAAUAUAAAAGCUUUGUUAAGUACUCAAUUUAAUGAUUUUUAUCUUGGUGAAAGAUUAAAUUAUUUUGGUCCAUUAUUAGGAAAAGGUAUUUUCACAUUAGAUGGUUCUGGAUGGAAACAUUCAAGACAAAUGUUGAGACCUCAAUUUUCAAGAAAUCAAGUUGGUCAUGUAAAAGCAUUAGAACCACAUGUUCAAUUAUUGAAACAACAUAUUAUUAAAAACAAGGGCUCAUUUUUCGACUUACAAGAAUUAUUCUUUAGAUUUACAAUUGAUUCAGCUACCGAGUUUUUAUUUGGUGAAAGUGUUGGUUCUUUAAAAGAUGAAGCAAUUGGGUUUAAUCAAGAAGGAGAUGAACUCAAUAAAAUCCCUUGUAGGAAAGAAUUUGCACAAGCUUUCAAUGUUUCACAAACUUAUUUAUCAAAUAGAGCAACAUUACAAAAAUUAUAUUGGUUAAUUGACUCAAAAGAAUUUAGAGAAAGUAAUAAAAUUGUUCAUAAAUUUAGUGAUUAUUAUAUUAAUAAAGUUUUAAAUGCUACACCAGAAGAAAUUGAAAAACAAAGUGGUUAUGUAUUUUUAUACGAAUUAGUUAAAGAAACAAGAGAUCCACAAACAUUAAAAGAUCAAGCACUAAAUAUUUUAUUAGCUGGUAGAGAUACAACUGCUGGUUUAUUAUCAUUUGCUAUAUUUGAAUUAGCUCAACAUCCAGAAAUGUGGGAAAAAUUAAGAAAAGAAAUAUUAGAAGCUUUCGGAAAUGAUGUAAGUGAAUUAAUAACAUUUGAAUCAUUGAAGAAAUGUGAGUAUCUAAAAGCUGUAAUAAAUGAAUCAUUAAGAAUGUAUCCUAGUGUACCUAAAAAUGGAAGAGUAGCAGUUAAAAACACAACAAUUCCAAGAGGUGGUGGACCAGAUGGUAAUUCUCCAAUAUUAGUUAAAAAAGGUACAACUGUAAUUUAUAAUAUAAAUGCUACUCAUUUUGAUGAAGUUUAUUAUGGUAAAGAUGCAAAAGAAUUUAAACCAGAAAGAUGGUUUGAAGAAUCUACUAGAAAAUUAGGUUGGUCUUAUUUACCAUUCAAUGGCGGUCCAAGAAUUUGUUUAGGUCAACAAUUUGCAUUAACUGAAGCAUCAUAUGUAAUUGCAAGAUUAGUUCAAACUUGUUCAAAAUUAAGUAUUAAACCAAAUUCAUUUCAAUAUCCACCUAGAAAAUUAUCACUUUUAACAAUGUGUUUGAUGGAUCCCUUAUUGGUUAAAUUUGAAGAAUAA